AUGGGCUGUGGCCCUAUCCUUGCUGUGCGGAAAGCGCUGGAGAAAGCUAAAUGGAAUAUCAACGAUGUCGGUUUGUUUGAGCUCAACGAAGCAUUUGCGGCGCAGUGUAUCGUCGUCACGAGCGAACUCGGUUGCGACAGCGCAAAGGUUAACGUACGAGGUGGUUCCAUUGCCAUAGGCCAUCCACUGGGAGCGUCUGGGGCGCGUGUGUUGUGUACUCUGAUCUAUGCGCUGAGACAGGAGAACAAGCGCCGAGGGGUGGCCGCACUAUGUGUGGGCGGUGGCAUGGGCAUAGCUAUGUGUGUCGAAAUGUCAGAAAUUAUUACUAACGAAACGGAACGUACUAUCAGGAGUGAUUGGCGAUACAUAGGGAUACCAUGA